AUAAAUGGGUCACUCCAUCACUUACUUUCUCACCAGGAAAGCAAAACACCCUUAAGCAAAGAAAACCAACUUGGUCUCCUAGAAUAAAGAAAACUCCAACGGAAAGAAGAAUGGGUUCAGACAGUACUCCUCAACUUCCAGUCAUCCAUCUCUCGGACCAAACCCUAAAACCAGGAAGUGAGAAGUGGGUUGAAGUGAGGAGUGAUGUCCGUAAAGCUCUUGAAGACUACGGCGCGUUCGAGGUGUCAUAUGAUAGAGUGUCAGAGGAGCUUAAGGAAUCGGUUUUGGAAGCCAUGAAAGAGCUUUUCCAGCUACCUGUUGAGGCCAAAAGAAGAAACGUGUCUCCCAAACCCUACACUGGAUAUAUGACUCAUAAUGGUAUUUCCGAGAGUCUGGGGAUCCAGGAUGCCAAUGUUUUGGAGAAAGUUAACGAAUUUACUCAACUGCUACGCCCUGAUUGUGAGGGUAACAAGAGUACCAGCGAAAGGAUACAUAAGUUUUCAGAGAAGAUGGCAGAAUUGGAUGUAAUGGUGAGAAGAAUGGUAUUUGAGAGCUUUGGGAUAGAGGAUUACUUUGAUGAGAACCUCAAGUCAAUGAAUUACCGUCUACGACUGAUGAAGUAUUCAGCACCACGUGAUGUUGAUACUAAUGUUGCGGCAGGUGCUAAUGAUGCUGGUGAUGGUGCUAAUACGAAUAACAAUGGUAAUACUGGUGCGGAUGUUGGUGCUGGCGAUUCAGCCAGUACUGGUGACAAUGACAAGGUUGUUGCUAGUGAUGAUGCUAAUGCUGGUGCUGAUACUAAUGAUAUUGUUGUUGGUAUUGCUAACGUUCAUAUUGAUGAUGAUGCUAAUGAUGUUGCUAAAGCUAAUGGCGACGUUGGUGCUGGUGUUGAUGCUAAUACUAAUGAUUGUGCUAGUGUUAAGUCUAGCGCCGACGUUGAUAAUGUUAAUGCUAAUGUCAGUGUUGGUACUAAUGGUGAUACUAAUGCUAAUGUUGGCGCUGAUAUUGAGGAGAAGAAAUUAGGCUUACCUUCUCAUACUGAUAAAAACCUUUUGACAGUACUUUAUCAAUAUGAGAUUGAAGGUUUGGAGGUGUUAACCAAAGAUGAAAAGUGGAUCAGAGUGAAGCCAUCUCAUAACACUUUCGUUGUUAUCGCUGGAGAUUCUCUACAUGCACUUAUGAAUGGUAGACUAUUUCUCCCGUUUCAUCGAGUAAGAGUGACGGAGAAAAAGAAGACAAGAUAUUCAAUAGGAUUGUUCUCGACUCCAAAUAGAGAUUACAUCAUAGAACCACCAAAGGAACUUGUGGACGAGCAGCAUCCACGUGUAUUCAAACCAUUAACUUACGUUGACUUGAUGAGCUUCUAUCACACUGAGGUUGGCCGUAGAGCUCGAUCUACUCUGCAUGCUUAUUGUGCCGUCUCCGGAGCUUAAAUGUGUGCGCAUAAUUAUGGGAGUUUAUACAAAUGCUUUGGUAGUUUCAAGAUUCAACUAAUAAAAAACCUCUAUAGUACUAAAUAAAAGGUUUGAUUAGUUGAGUUCUAUUGGUGAAGUAUUGACUAUGCGUACGUUUCUCUAUUGUUGGAAAUAAAUUAAGCACAUGUACACACGCACAUGUACAAUAAUUUGAUAUGAUUGUUGAGUUUAUUGAUGUGGCACCACUCCAUAACUAGGUGCUAUGUAACUUUCAUGUAGAUUUGUAUGCUCAUUUUAUUAUAAGAGUUUAUGAAGUUUUUAAAUAUAA